AUGCCUGCACCAAUGGAGAAAGGCGACAACACCGCAACAGCCUACCGCGGCCCGAAACUCCCCAACGUCCCCGAAGACAUAGUAGUAACAGACGCAUUAAAUCUCCAAUGCGACGAACGUCUCUGGGUCCCCCAAGCCCCAGACGUCUGGUUCCGACCACUAUGCUUCAACGUCUCGCACGGCUACUUCGUGAACAUCUUGCGCGUGCGUAAGAACGGUAUUCUCUCGCGCCAUAGGCACACCGGUCCCGUCCAUGCGACUGUUCUGCGUGGUCGCUGGCACUAUCUUGAGCAUCCGUGGUGGGCGGAAGAGGGCGGGUAUGCUUUUGAGCCUCCUGGUGAUAUUCAUACGCUUGAGGUUCCUGAGGGUGUUCAGGAAAUGGUGACUUUGUUUCACGUUACCGGGGCUUAUAUUUAUGUCGAUCCUGAGGGGACGGCGUUGGGGGUUGAGGAUGUUUUUAGCAAAUUGGAAGCUGCUAGGAAGCAUUAUGAGGAGGUUGGGCUCGGGGCUGCGUUUGCGGACCAGUUCAUCAGGUAG